CAGCUGCAGGGAUAUCCCCAGGAGGUGGUGCCCAGGAAAGGGAAGGAUGCUCGCCCCCAGCUCUGCUCCGGUGCCAGAGCGGGGCUGGCAAACCGCAGGAGCAGCGGGAAGCCUCCAGAAGGUGAAGAAAUUGAACAGCCAGGAUUUCAGCGAGCUGAGAGCCUUGUGCCUGAGCCAAGGGCUGCUCUUUGAGGACACCACCUUCCCUGCUCACACCAGCUCCAUCGGUGCCAGGCUGCUCCCGCAGGAGGAGCUCCGGCAAAUACAAUGGAAGAGGCCAACGGAACUUCAGAGAAAUCCUUAUUUGAUCAUGGAUGGAGUUAGCAGAUUUGAUAUCAUGCAAGGGGAAAUAGGUGACUGCUGGAUGCUGGCUGCCCUGGGCUCCUUGACGCUGCGAAAACAGUUUUUGGAAAAUGUUUUACCGAAGGACCAAGGAUUCCAGGAUGAUUAUGCUGGGAUAUUUCAUUUCCGGUUCUGGCAAUAUGGAGAAUGGGUGGAUGUAGUGAUAGAUGACCGGCUGCCAACCCUAAAUGGAAGAUACCUGUUUGUACACCCCCGAACUUCAAAUGAAUUCUGGCCAUCCUUGCUGGAAAAAGCAUAUGCCAAGCUGCGUGGCUCCUACCAGAACCUGAAUGGAGGCUACCUGUCAGAUGCUUUAGUAGACCUGACAGGUGGAGUCCAAGUGCAGUUUUCUCUGAGGGACCCACCUCCUGACCUGGAGGAGAUCCUGAAGGCAGCUGACAGGUCUCGGUGCCUCAUGGGGUGCAGCACCCCGGGCCAGGCAAGGAGGAACAUAAAGCUGAGGAAUGGGAUUGUUCAGGGUCAUGCCUACACCAUCACAGGAGCUGUGAAGAUCCCCUACAAGAAUGGCUGGAAACAUAUCAUCAGGAUCUGGAACCCAUGGGGCCAUGGGGAGUGGAAGGGGCCCUGGAGUGAUAACUCUCGUCAAUGGGACCAUGUUGAGCCUAAAUACAGAGAAGCCCUCCUCAGAAAUAAGGAUGAUGGAGAAUUCUGGAUGUCCUGUGAGAACUUCCAGGAGCAGUUUUCCUGGCUGUAUAUAUGUAACAGCACCCCAACCUUCCUGGACUUUGGAGAUGAGCACUGCUCAGCGUGGUCCCUGACCAGCUACACCAGCCUGUGGAGCCCAGGCCUUCCCACGAGGAGGAGCCGCUCUUCCUCAGGUGCAGCUUCAACAAACCCUCAGUAUUUUUUCAAAGUGCUGGACCACAACCCAAAUACCUAUAAUGUAGCAAUUUCACUCAUGCAAAAACACGCUGAGGGUAUGCAGGAUGAAAAAAACCUGAAGAUUGGCUUUUUCAUCACCAUGGGCCAUGGUAAGCACAGUAAUCAUGUGGGCACUGAGAAUUCCAGAGUUCUGAAGCAAAUCUUUUUCCGGACUCGGGAUGUGACCAGCUACCUUACCUUGAGCCCAGGGACCUACGCCGUGGUUCCUGCUGCAGCAGAGGAACAAGAAUUCCAGUUUCUCUUACGAAUUUUCACAAAGACUCAAGACUACAAUGAGACCCCAAACUCCCUGACCAGCCCAGGGCUUCCAAUGGCUGUACCAAGAGAGAACCAGGACAGCUCCUAUAAGGCCCUUUUCCUAAGAUAUGCUAAGCAGGACUCAACUAUUGAUGCCUUGCAGCUGCAACAACUCCUUAAUGAAGUGAUCCUGAAAGAUGAAAUGACCAGCCUGGGAGGGAGAUUCAGCUUUGAUUCAUGCAGAAGCAUUUUAGCUCUGAUGGAUCUGAACUCGAAUGGAAGGCUCACCCUGCAGGAGUUCGGGAGCCUCUGGCAAUGCCUCACAAAGUACAUGGAUAUCUUCAGCAGGGAAGACAGAAACCGUUCUGGAUUUCUUGAUGUUGCUGAACUGAAGAACGCGAUUCAGGCAGCAGGUAAGCCCAGAGGUGCUGAGCAGCUCCCUUUCCUGCACGCCAUGCAGUACAGUAACCUGAGGGGGCGGCUGGGCUUCUCGGACUUCGCCUGCUGCAUGCUGCGCCUGCACACCAUGAGCCAUGCAUUCCAAAAUUUAGCAAAGGGCGGAUCGCAAAUUUUGAUGACGGCGAUGGAGUGGCUGACUCUUGUCAUGUACACCUAGAGAGAUGCCAGAGGUCAUGGUGGCUUUUCUUCCUCCUCAGUACAACAGUGCCCAAGGCCAUCCCAUACAAAAACCAUCCACGGAAUUCUUGAAAAACCAGAGUGAAGGAGUGAAGUCCUUAUGCUUGGUGGUACUCAGAUAUUGGGAUGAAGAGUCCUUUCCAGGCAAACUGGAGGUGCCUUGGAGAGAGAAGAAUUGCUAAUGCAAGCACUCCUUGGGCAGGCUGGUAGUACCUAAUGGUCUGGGCAAGCUGGAAGUGUUGACUGUAAUCUCCUCUCCUCUUCCUGUAAAUAGUACAGAAGUUAGGAACAGCUCCAUUAACUCCACUGUGAAAAAGAACAGACCCAUGCCUUUCAUGUGAAAAGAGUGUAUAAGAUGCAUGUUACAAAAACCAUUAAGGCACGGUUUUAUUUGAAUUAUUUCUUAAUUUUCUUGUGUGCCAUUCAUAAGUGCCAGAAAAUGAUUGAAGAAAUUAGUCA